UCGCGAGAACGUUUCUCUGCUCGUUCAUAAAUCGCGCCGUCAGGUGCGUGUGGCUUUUUCGCAGCUCGCGGAUUAAUGAUCCGGUAAAGCUGGGGGCUCCGCUUUAGCACGGAAACCGUACCGCUGUCAGAAAUAUCCAUUUCUUUAGGCGAACAUGGAGACGCUGGACGCUGAACAGAAUGCAGUGAAGAGGUUGCUGGACCUCCCCCUGGUCAGCUCCACUUGUUACUUGGUGUCUGUCGUGUACUGCAACAUGAAGGAAAGUCACCCUCGCGUCAAGCCGUUCUGUGAGGUGGCAGAGACUGGCGUGAAGACCAUCGCCUCUGUGGCUGCUACCGGCGCCGCGCCCAUCAUUGUCAAGUUUCAACCUCAAAUUGCUGGCGCAAACCAGCUGAUGUGUAAAUACCUGGAUAAGACUGAGGAGGCUUUCCCGGUCCUCCAGCAGCACUUGGCCCAGGUGGUGUCCAGGCCUGACAGUGUCCUGACCACAGCCAAAAAUGCGAGGGCAGUGAUUGUGCACAUGGCUAAGGACGCAGUGAUGGUAGUUAAGGACAAGGCUGGUGUGGUGUUGCGGGAGGCUAUGGUAAUGACCAAGUCCGCGCUGGAUGGCGGCUUCGGCGCUGUGCUGGGCAGCCGUGCAGCCCAGCUCCUGAACACCGCCAUGAAGACGUCCCCGACAGUCCACGGGACGGCGGCAGCCCAGUGCCCCACUACGGCAGAGGAUUCUGCCCCAGUUACCCCGGAAGGCAUACUAAGACAAUGGAAGCCAAACUGGAAUGGCUAUUGGUUUGCAGAAGUUUUCCUUAGUGUCCAACUUGGACAGAAACCAGAAUUAAUGGCAAGCUUGAGGGAAGUCCCUGACUCUGCCUGCAAAAAGCCUGGCUAUCGUGCCUGUCUGCCCUUGAUCUCCACCAAGGUGUGCCACAGGGCUGAUCGUACCACUGAUGGGGAGCAGGAUGUUAAGAUGGAAUUGCAUGCCGUGGUCACCUCCAGUGGGCUCACCAACCAGCUGCAAACCCUGUGCCUGACCGUUGUCUCCAGUCUACAAGGCUUCCAGCAGAAUGUUCAGAUACAGGUUCUGGCUGUGGCCGUGUCUGCCUCUGAGGUCUGCAACAGCUUAUGGAAGGCCUAUGUCCGUGGAGAAUUCUCUGACCAGACCGAACAACCCCAAAGGGCCAUUGGACAAGGUGCUUCAGUACUAGGCUUUCAUCUGUAUGAUGGACAGACAAGAAGGUUGAAAUGAUCUAAGGGCUGGAAACUUACCCUUUGCACUGUGAAAUGCACCUUUUAAUGUGCAGGUGGAGGGUGCAAUCCUGUGGGUGUUCACCUCUAGCUUAGUUUUCUUCUUCAAUGGUUGAAAUGCAAAACAUUUUGGCAAUGGUAUCUGUCACGCAUUUAGAAUAAUUACUGGAAUCUGUACUCCGAAAUAAAUGAAAAGCAGUUUGACAUU